AUGGCGGAACCUUCGCCCGGCCACUUGUUGCUGUUGCUUGGCCUUUGUUGCACACUGGUACAAGCCAGUUACCCACUCAAAAUACUAGGUUUAUUUCCACACCCAGGCAUUAGUCACUUCCACUUCUUCCACCCCGUUAUGCGGGGCUUGGCCGAGAAGGGUCAUGAUGUUACGGUGUUAAGCCAUUUUCCCGAUAAAAAUCCACCGCCAGGAUACAAAGAUCUGUCAUUAACAGGCGAUUUGUUGGAUUCCGUAGACGUGCAGUACUUCGAAGCGCAACACUUCUACAAUCGCUUCAUGGAAUUUUAUAUGCUUAACCACUUUGGGAAGAACGACUGCAAUGCCACGUUGCAUUCCGAAGCUUUGGCACAGGUAUUGCGAGAGCGGCAACAUUACGAUGUGGUCAUCAUUGAGCGAUUCAAUAGCGAUUGCAUGGCAGCGGUGGCGCAUCAACUCAAUGCGCCAUUUAUAGGGAUGGUCAGUUCUGCUAUGUUGCCUUGGCAUUACGAACGCGUGGGCGUGCCCAUGGUGACCUCAGUUAUGCCAACAUUAUUUUUGGGAGAAUCCGAGGACAUGACAUUCGGCGCUCGUCUUGCCAACUGGUUCACCCAUCACGCCAUGCGAUUCCUUUACGAUAAUUUCAACACGCCCGCUAUCGAUGGCAUGGUACGCGAAAAAUUCGGACCAAAUACCCCCUCGGUUGGCGAAUUGGCGAAGAAAACAUCAAUGUUAUUCGUCAAUCAGCAUUUCUCAUUGAGCGGUGUCAAACCGUUGCCACCGUCCGUUCUCGAUCUCGGCGGCAUGCACAUACAGAAGUCCAAGCCGCUCGAUGCCGAGCUGCAAAAGUUCAUCGAUGGUGCCGAACAUGGUGUGGUCUUCAUUAGUUGGGGUUCUAUGCUACGCGCCGACACUUUGCCGCCCGCUAAACGUGAGGCUAUCGUACGUGCUGUGAAGCAACUCAAACAACGGGUGAUUUGGAAAUGGGAAAACACCACCCUGGAGGACAAGCCGGAUAAUCUGUAUAUUAGCAAGUGGUUGCCACAACGUGAUAUACUCUGUCAUCCGAAUGUAAAGGCGUUCUUAUCGCAUGGCGGUCUUAUGGGUACUUCGGAGGCGGCUUACUGUGGUGUACCAGUAGUGGUCACACCCAUGUUUGCUGAUCAGUUUUUGAAUUCAGCGGCGUUACAAUACCGUGGUAUGGGUGUGGAGAUGAAAUAUCACGAUAUCACUGAGAAUACAGUUCUGAGCUCGAUAAGAGAGGUGUUAAAGAAAGAAUAUAUGGAUAACGCCAAAGCGGUUUCGUCCUCCUACAAAAAUCGUCCGCAGAGCGCACUCGAGACUGCCAUCUGGUGGGUGGAAUAUGUCGGCAAAACCAAGGGUGCGCCACUCAUUAAAGCUCACGCCGUGCAUGUAUCACGCUUCGUUUACCACUCAUGGGAUAUUUAUCUAUUCCUUGUGGCCAUUUUAUUGAUAUCGGUUGUGAGCUGGACCUUUAUAUGCACUAGGCUGUGGUCGCGGCGUCCAAAGGCCGUUAAACAAAAGUCAAAUUGAACAAUGAGGUGAGGAUUUCAGAUGGAGAGAAUUAGUUCAAUAAAAUUUAGAUAAGAAAUUUUAAUUUGAGCACUUUAUGUGUUCUCUCAAAUACAUUAGUUAACUAGUAGCUAUAAUUCAUAACUGAUUUUAAUCAAUUAAUUCAUGUAGCCAUCACAAUUAGCGUAAUUUAGUUCAAAAGGAGCGUGAAAGAAGAGAUAAAAAUUUAAAAAUUAAUAAGUAAAUCAACAUAAAAUCCAAUUUGUUUAAAUAUAGUUAAAUUAAAAAAGUAAAUAAAUAAAAAUUAUUCACAAAAAAAUUCGCGAAAAAUCAUUUAUUUUUACCGAAAGCACUACAAAAAUUAUCCCUGAUUUGAGAAAAAAAUGUCGUUAUUUUUACAUAAAGAGUCACUUUCAAAUAGAGAGUUGCUAUAAAACUUCGAGAGGUAACAAAAAAUAUGUAUGGUCCUUUUUUAUAAAAAAAAUAAUAAUUUACCUGUUAACUGUUAUUUUAUUAAAAGUUAUAGUCUAUAUAAUUAAAUGAUGUAUGUAUAUAUGUAUGUAGAAGUAUCCAUACCUGUAAUUAGAAAGAAAUUGUAUUAAAAAGUUGUUACAGAGUACACUUUCACAAAUAAUUCUAGUUUUGAAAGGUAUAUUCCAUUAGUUUUGAACAAUAAAUGCCACAAUUUUAAAACGAUGAAAGACGAGGCGGCCGUAUGCGGAAAUGAUUAUAAUAUUGGAUAGUCUAAAAAGUCUUUUCGUAUUUCUAACUUUAACUUAUUAUAUUUUAUAUUUAUAAUGAACUU